CGAAUAUGACGCCGCCGAACUGAAGGCGAUUUCAAUUAACGCCCCACCACGGCCACUUGCAACUGCGUCUUAUCCAAACCUUUUGUCUUUCUGAGGACUGUGGCGACAGUGGAUAAAGCUUGCACCGACGCAACCCUCCUCAGUCCCCGACUAGCCAAUCAGUCAUUCAGCCAGCUUGACACUUCCAGGCUUUCUACUGCGCCGGACGGGAAUUCUGCUGGACCACUGCACGACUUUAUGUCGCCGCCUCUAAACCGUGAACGAUUUAUUUCCGUACUACUAGGAGCGAACAACAGCACGACCGUGCACACCGACCGACAUCACCAUGGCUCCUAAGAAGAAGGGAGGCAAGAAGCAAGCCGACGACUGGGAGGCCGAUCUGGGGGAAUCCAUUGAUCCUGUCGCUCAGGCUGCCAACAAGGCAGAAGAACAAAAUGAUGCAGCGGCGGCUGAUGACGGCGAGGUGAACGGCGCCGGCGGCGGUGGUCUUUUGGCCGCCCUGCGGAAGAACAAAGACAAGCGUGCAAAGAAGGGCAAGGCUGUCGUGAACGACUUUGUCGAAGGUGAAGACCCCACCACUGAUGCCGCGGACGGUGUUUCUACGCCUACCCCGGAGCUCGAUGCCAAAGCGCCUGCCGAAGCUACCUUUGACGACGAGGAGGAUGAUGUCUUUGCCGGUAACAAUGCAAAGAAGGGCAAAGGAGGCAAAAAGCAGCAGCAGCAGCAGCAUGAGACUCCUGCGGAAGAUAGUGGCGAUGUGGGCGGCGGAGUGAAGUCCAAGAAGGAAAAGGAGCGAGAAAAGAAAGAGCGUGAAAAGCAAAGAAAAAAGGAACAAGCAGCGAAAAAGAAGACGACUGCCCCUGCAGCUCCCGCCGCUGCUACGAAAGCUGAAGAGCCGAAACCUGCACCGGUGGAGGAAAAGCCCGUGUCUUCUGCGCCUGCCCCUGAGAAAGAGAGCAAGGAGGACAAAGGUGGCAAGAAGAAGAAGAUUCCUGCCCAUCUGGCGGCCAUUCAGAGGCAGCAAGAGCUCCUAGCUAAACAACGAGAGGAGCAGGCCAGAUUAGAGGCCGAAGCUAGGGCGGCGGAGGAAGAGCGUCUCCGAAAAGAAGAAGAAGAGGAGAGAAAGCGGGCCGAAGCCCGACAGCGCAAGAAGGAAAAAGAGCGUGAAAAGAAAGAACAGCUCAAGAAGGAAGGCAAGCUUCUUUCCGAGGCUGAUAAGAAGCGCAGAGCACAGCAAGAACUCCGGUUGAAGCAGUUGUUGGAAUCUGGUGUCAAGGUCGCGGGCUUGUCCGGUGAGGCCGCCGCCGAGGAGAAGAAGGAGAAGAAGAAACCAACCAACGACAAGAAGCGCAAGGGACCUAAGAAAGAGGACGUUGAUCUGGAAGCCGCAGCACAGAAGGCCAAAGCGGAGGCAGUGGCGGCCGAGGCGGAACGCCAGCGCCUUGCCAAAGAGGCUGAGGAAGCGGCGGCGGCUGCAGCAGCUGCACAGGCGGCUGAGGCCAAGGCUGCCCAGGGCGACGAUUCUUCUGAAAUCGACGACUGGGAGAAGGCUGCUGAAGAAGAACUCAAGGACAGCUGGGAUGCUGAGUCAGACGGCGAAGACACUGCUAAGGCUGCCCAACCGGCCGUGAACGGAGAUAAAGAUAAACCUACUACGAACGGUGCAGAGGGCAAGACCUCGACUUUGCCUGUGCGAGAGAAAGACACCAAGCCAUCGUCGAAACAGAACCAAGACGAGUCCGAGUCUGAAUCGGAAGAAUCCUCUGACGAAGAAGAGCGGAGUGCUACUCAGAAAGCACUGGCCAAGAGGAAAGCUGAAGCGGCCGCCCGGAGGCAAAAGGCCCAUGAAGAAGCGCUCGCAGCGCGGUCCAAAGACAAUCUCCGGUCACCUAUUUGCUGUAUCCUGGGUCACGUCGAUACCGGUAAAACCAAGUUGCUGGACAAGAUCCGACAGACCAAUGUGCAGGAAGGCGAAGCUGGUGGUAUCACGCAACAGAUUGGUGCCACAUACUUCCCGGUCGAGGCUCUGCAACAGAAGACUGCCGUCGUCAACAAGGAUGGCAAGUUCGAGUUCAAGGUUCCCGGUCUGUUGGUCAUCGAUACACCUGGACACGAGUCUUUUUCCAAUCUUCGUUCUCGUGGUUCGUCUCUUUGCAACAUCGCCAUUCUCGUGGUCGACAUCAUGCACGGUCUCGAGCCCCAGACGCUUGAGUCGAUGCAGCUGCUUCGAGACCGCAAGACUCCGUUCAUCGUCGCCCUCAACAAAAUCGAUCGUCUCUACGGCUGGAAAAAGAUUGACAACAACGGGUUCCAGGAAAGCUUGGCGCUGCAGAACAAGGGGGUGGUGAACGAGUUCAACGACCGUGUCGAGAAGGUGAAGCUCGCGUUUGCCGAAAAGGGCUUCAACGCCGAACUGUACUACCAGAACAAGGACAUGAGACGUUAUGUCUCGCUCGUUCCAACGUCGGCUCACACUGGUGAAGGUAUCCCUGACAUGCUGAAGCUUCUGGUGACGCUGGCGCAGGAACGCAUGACGUCGAGUCUGAUGUACCUGUCUGAGGUGGAGUGUACCGUGCUCGAGGUCAAGGUCAUUGAAGGUCUGGGCACAACCAUCGAUGUGGUGCUUUCCAAUGGUGUCCUCCGCGAAGGCGACCGGAUUGUGUUGUGCGGUCUCAAUGGACCUAUCGCGACCAAUAUUCGAGCGCUUCUGACGCCGGCUCCUCUCAAGGAACUGCGGCUCAAGUCGCAGUACGUGCAUAACAAGGAAGUCAAGGCGGCUCUCGGUGUCAAGAUUGCCGCCAACGAUCUCGAAGGCGCCAUUGCCGGUUCCCGUCUGCUCGUUGUUGGGCCAGAAGAUGACGAGGAGGAUUUGUGCGAAGAGGUCAUGGCUGAUCUGCAACAGCUUCUCAGUAAGGUGUCGAAAGACAACCGCGGUGUCAGCGUGCAAGCCUCGACCCUGGGGUCUUUGGAGGCUCUGUUGGAGUUCUUGAAGCAGAUGAAGAUCCCUGUGGCCAACAUCUCGAUCGGUCCAGUCUACAAACGUGAUGUGAUGAUGGCAGGAACCAUGUUGGAAAAGGCCAAGCAAUACGCGGUCAUGCUGUGUUUCGACGUCAAAGUGGACAAGGAAGCACAGCAGUAUGCGGACGAGAACGGCAUCAAGAUCUUCACCGCCGACAUUAUCUACCACUUGUUCGACGACUUUACCAAACACAUGGCGAAGCUUCAGGAGCAAAAGAAGGAGGAGAGCAAGCUGAACGCCGUCUUCCCAUGUGUGCUGAAUCCACUGCAAGUGUUCAACAAGAAGGACCCGAUCGUCAUCGGAGUGGACGUUGUGGAAGGCAGUCUGCGCCCAUUGACACCGAUUGCGGCGGUCAAGACGAACCCUGUGACUGGAGUCAAGGAAAUCAUCAGCUUGGGCAGAGUGACUUCUAUCGAACGAGAACACAAGGCGAUUCCGAUCUGCAAGAAAGGUUCGCCGUCGGUGGCGGUCAAGAUCGAAGGACCGAAUCAACCGCUCUACGGACGACAACUCGAAGACAAGGACACGUUAUACUCGUUGAUUUCGCGUCAAUCCAUCGACACGCUGAAGGAGUUCUACCGUGACGAGGUGACCAAGGAGGAAUGGUCGUUGAUCCGGAAGCUCAAACCGCUGUUUGACAUCCCAUAGAUGAGUUGACGACACGAGACAUGAAGGGCGGCCAUAAAAGUACCGACAGCAUUGGAACAAAAGACAGGUGUUUAUUAUUAGUGUGAUCACGCAUGGCUGGAUGAAUGGUCUCUUUCGGGGGGCAUGGCUCCUGGCGCAGUAUGAAUUGUUUUUCUUCUCUCACUAUGAUUGUACUGUAGCACGAUCCGCCCCUCGCACAUGUAUACAAGUAGAGAGAAUCGGACGGUUAAAAUUGUACAAUAUGCCUAUCGCAAAACAUUGAAGCAGUUGUACCUUGUAUAGGACUUCUGCGGGGGAAUGAAUGAGGAGGCCCAGAGUUCAGGGUCCAGGCUCAAGCUGCCAGUGAGGCUCGUCUCAAUAUUCAGGGUCCGUGUCUCCUGAAG